AGAAGCAAUCCCAACAUCAAUGGCUUCUCCGAAGCACUUGCAUGUUAUCCGUUUGUCUCCCAGCUCGCCACGUUUGUCGACCUCAACACCCUGGACGCGCUCUCCCGAACGUGCCGCCAAUUCCGCGUCAACCUUUUGCAGUUCCGCCCGCAGUUGAUGGCGCAGUCGCUGCGCUGCUUCAACAAUCGUCCCGACUCCCCGCACGCGCGACUUACCAGCGGGAAGGUCGGGCAGUGCGCCAUCGAUCAGGUGGGAGAAUGUCGACGAUGUGGAAUCAUCGUGUGUCGAAAUUGCACAACCAAACCACCGUUGAACAAAUCCCUCCCGGAACGCCACCGCCGCAUCUGCAAGCGCUGCAUCAAAGCGCCGCUCCAUCGCCACAUGACCCUCGAGAAACCCUGGCACACCGCCGACGCCCUGGCCGAUCUAUUCACCCAGACGCCCGACCCGAACGACUCCGCCAGCUCUUCCUCCUCCCGCCCCUCCUCCCUCCGCACCAACUCCACCAUCCCCACCCCCUCCUCCUCCCCACCCGAUCCCGACACCCUCUACCUCUCCUCCCGCCCAUCCACCGCGCCGCCCAAAUCCCCCAACCCACCCCCACCGCCGACCGCGAAAUCCUCUCCACCAUCCCCGCUCUCCCGUGUAUUCACCUACUCCGCAUUCCUCCGCACCCCAUGCACCUGCGCGGACGCCGUGUUCCUCUGCCACGCAUGCGGCAUCGCCCUGCGGCAAUCCGACAGCACGUACAUCCGCGCGUGGAAAUGGCGGACCCACUACACGACGUUCCUGGGCGGUCUGGGGACGGGGAUCGGCGAGGGACACGAGGGCGUGGAGUGUGGGCGGGGCGGCGACUGUCUCGGGGCGCGGGUUGUGGAGAAGGAGGGGACGGUUGCGGCGGACGGGUUGGGCGCGGGGAAUGGGGAAGAUGGGGCGGCGUUGAGUCGGACGCCUACGGGGAGGAGUUGGGAGGGGUCGAGUUAUCAUGCGCAGGAGAUCGAGGGGGUGGGCGGGACGGUGAAGAAGAAGGUGAAGAAGUUGGUGAGGGUUGGGUUGGUGGUGAGGGAGCAUGAGGCCGUGCGAGAGCAUGAGGGGGAUCGGCCGGACGAGAAGAAGAGGGAUAUGUUGGCGGAGGAGCGGGGUGGGGAGGUGAGGAGUUGGUGCGGUUGGUGUGAUCGGGUGAUUUUGGGGAGGCGGGAU